AACUUUGCUGUCAGUGGCCCUAAAAACACCAAGAAGAAAAAGAAGAAUUAAAACUUAUAAUAAUAAUAUCUUUAUUUCUACAAGUAUAAGUGCUGUAUGCCCCUUGUGGGUUUAGCACUUAGUUUUGAUUGUAAUAACAAAAUACCAAAGUUCUAAAGUAACCUGAGUCAUUCACCGUUUUAAUAUGUAAAAUAUAUUGAUCUGUAAUGGCAAAGAUAUUUGUAACACUUCAUGGAAUGAAGUCACUGCUGUAUAAAAUCCAAGGAGCCGGGCAUUGGAAGAGACAUUUUGCAUCAUCUCUACAAAAACCUUGUGAAGUGCGAGCUCGGUUUGCUCCAAGUCCUACUGGAAACCUUCACUUGGGGGGCUUACGGACAGCUUUGUAUAAUUUCCUUUUUGCAAAAUCGAACAAAGGGAAAUUUAUCCUAAGAAUAGAAGACACUGACCAGACCAGAUUGGUUCCACAUGCAGCAAGAAAGCUUGAGAAUAUGUUAUCAUGGGCUAAAAUAUAUCCUGAUGAAUCUCCAGUAGUUGGUGGACCAUUUGGGCCUUAUGUACAAUCUCAGCGGCUUAGUCUUUACAAUAAUUAUGUUAAAAAUCUCCUAGAAAAUGGGAGUGCAUACAAGUGUUUUUGUACAAACAUGAGAUUGACCCGGCUACGGAAUGAUGCCAUAAGAAGAAAUGAAAUUCCCAGGUAUGACAACAAAUGUCGAUAUCUUUCUCAAUCCAAAAUUGAAGAGCUGGGAAAAAAUGGAACACCAUAUUGCAUAAGGUUCAAGCUUGAAACAAUAACAGAGCCAUAUGAAGAUCUAAUAUAUGGUUCAAUUUUGUCUAAUGUGGCUGACCAUGAAAGUGACUUUGUGAUAAUGAAGACAGAUGGAUACCCAACCUAUCACCUUGCUAAUGUUGUUGAUGAUCAUCUAAUGGGAAUAACUCAUGUUCUGAGAGGUGUGGAGUGGCAGAUAUCAACACCAAAGCAUCUCCUUUUAUACAAAGCAUUUGGCUGGAGUGCUCCAUUAUUUGGGCACCUUCCUCUUAUAGUAAAUCAAGAUGGCAGCAAGCUUUCCAAACGGCAACAUGAUCUCCACAUUGAGUAUUAUCAAGACCAAGGAUACUUUCCAGAGGCUGUACUUAACUUUGUGACUGACAUUGGUGGAGGAUUUGAUGACAGGGAACAUGGUGUUGUUUUGUCUAUUGAAGACUUAUUAGAGAAGUUUAACCUCUCCCGACUCACCAAAAACUCCUGCCGAUUGGACAAAGAUAAGUUGGAACAGUUUAAUCAACUGGAUCUUCAGAGACGGUUAAAUAGUCCAACUGACAUACUAUUACUAAUUUCCCAGCUCCAUGAUCUUGUCCAAAAAACUUAUGGAGAGAGACUUUCAUCAAGUACCACUCAAGCAAAAGUUCUGACUGCAGAUUAUUUAAAAAGAGUACUGAUAUAUUUUGAAAAGAGAAUUGUUCGUCUUCAAGAUUUAUUACAGCCUGAAUUUGCAUAUAUUUGGGUUGUGCCAGACUCCAUUCCUAUAGAGGAGCUUCCAGCAAUGUCUUGCAAGCAUGCUGAAGUCUUGCGGUGUGUUUUACAAGUUAUCAGUUCCAUAUCAAACUUUAAUAAAGAACGUAUUGUUGAGGAAAUAAAAGAUGUAAGUAGGCAGUAUGGCCUGAAGAUUCCUGCCAUCAUGAAGUUAAUAAGGAUGACUGUCACUGGUAUGAAGGAAGGUCCUCCUGUUGGUGAGAUGCUAUAUAUGCUCGGGCAAGAUACAGCUGUUGAGCGAAUGAAGCAUGCUUUAACCCUGUUAUAAGAUAAUUAACCAGGUGUAAUGAUGGUUUAAAAAGACAGGUGAGAAAACACUAGGACAUGUUUAUUAAGAUGUUUCUGUCCUGGGAUGUUCAUCACUGUUAGUAGUGAUGAAGGUCCCAGGACCUUCUUAAUGAACUUGUCCUAAUGUUUGCUUACAUGUCAUUUAAGCCACUUAUCAGUAUCCAUAAAUUAUGAUUUACUUUAAAAUACAAAUUUAACCAGCUGCAUGAAGUGUUUUGUAUACAAAUAUUUAUUGACAUAAAUGAA